AAUGGGAAUUUUACCUGUUCUUGACCCGAAAAGGCACUUAAAAACAAAAGGACGUGUAUUAUGAUAUUAUUUAAGUGUUACAAUGUGUAGUGCACGGAAAAUGUCUAAGAAUUAAACCGAUUAUAAUUUAAGCUUUCAUAUAGAGGUUGUUGUUCAGACUGUCGCUCAUUAUGGUGGAAGAUUUGGAAUAUUUUGUUUCCUCGGACAUGGAGUGCGAACAGAGUGCUGCUGGAUUGUUCCAAACUGCGAGAGUAGAAACGGAAACGAUGCCACCCCUGAUGGAUAUGGGACGCAAGCUGCAGGCCUAUGCAAGAGACGGCAACACAGAAGGAGUAAAGGAACUGAUGUCACAAGGUGCUCCUUUCACUACAGACUGGCUGGGUCUCAGUGCACUUCACAUGGCCUGUCAGAAAAACCACUAUGAUACAGCGGAAGUGCUCCUGAAGGCUGGGAUCUCACGUGAUGCACGUAAUAAGGUUGAUCGAACACCUCUACAUGUUGCUGCACAAGAAGGUCAUAUCGCUAUCAUGGGACUGUUGUUGGCAUAUGGGGUUGACGUGGAUGCUUCUGACAUGCUACGAAUGACGCCACUUCACUGGGCUAGUGAGUACGGCCACAAGGAGUGUGUGAAGCUGCUGUUGGAGCAUGGAGCAGACGCUACCGCCAUCAACAAGUUUGACAAGACUGCAGACCAGAUCGCUUUCGAUAACAAUCGUGUUGAUAUAACUGCGCUGAUACAGGACUAUGCUGAGGACCCAAUGCACACUGUACGCAGAAAUGCAGCGCGUGAGAGACUACUGCAGGCUACAUCUGCUCAAAAGAUGGCACUUGAAGUCGAGAAACAAAACAAAAAUAUGAAUGCUCGUAUAGAUAAGGUUAUGGAGAAAAUGGAGAAAUCUAAUAAAGAAGGUGAUGUGAAAGAGGUGCGAGUGAUAAAGAUACCAAAAAGGAAGUUGCAACAGAAAAUAGUGCUUGGGAACAGUUCAAAACUAUCCAACAGCGUGCAACCUCCGGACAGUGUGGAUCCUCCCACCAACAGUGUGCCCCUCAACCAUAUCAACUCAGUCAAUCAAGUGACAAGUGAUUUUCCACACAUGGAAGAUCUAAAUGAGAGCACAGAAAAGACACUGGCAAUGCUACAGGCCCACGGCAUCACAAUGCUACCAAAUGAUGAAAGUACCAUUGUUGCAUCAGCAGUAAAAAGUGGGCAGAAAGUCGUUUUAACUGAGGCUGGAAAAUUAGCACUAAACCUGACAGAAAAGCAGCCGAUUGUAAUGAAGACUUCUUCCGGCAAAGGGAUAGUAAAGAUGCCUUUGCCAGACCUGUUGAAAGGCAAGAAGGUGAUCACGAUCAGAGCUGAUCAACUAAUCAACAUGAAGAAUGAGCGAAAAGUCAUCAUUCAGACUGACAAGAAGUUGAAACCCUCCAUAUUCGGGAACGCAAUGCCACGUUUGGAAGUGCCACUUCAACAAUCUGCAACACUUCCGCAGACGAAUCCUCUUCAACAAUUGCACCCAUUUCCUCAGCCUCAUCCACUUCCCCAGUCUAAGCACAAGGUGGAAGUUGUCGUUACCAAGUCUAUAGUGAACAAUAAACCCCAGUUGAGAUCGACGAUCAUACAGAAGCCUGUGGAGGAGGAGGAAUCGGAGGUAGCUAAGAUCCGGCAAGAAAUGGAGCAGAUGAAGAAACAACUUAAGCUGUUGACAGAGAAGUACCUGAAAAAGGAGAAGGAGGCAGAGGAGUACAAGAUGGUGGUAAAUAUGUUACAAAAGAAUUAAGGAGUAGAAGACGGCUGACCAUCAAGAGUGAAGCGGAGAGCACAUAAUCUCAUGGUUUUAAAAAUAUAAAUUUAAAGAGAGUUGUAAGCAAGUAAACUCUUGAAGCAUAUUAAUUAAUAAUGUCCUACAAGUAUAAUUCUAGUUCAUGUUUUAUAGUUUGCUAGUUCAAUUAUUGUGAAUGGACUACAACUAUGUGUAACAAACAAAUUUCACAAUUAGUAGUUUUAUUAAAAAUGGAACAUCCUUUUGUAAUCUAAUCUAAUUUAUUAACAAUAACCAACUUUAUCUAAUCUUUUUAUCUCUUUUAAUACAAUCAACAUAACCAAACCUAAUCUAUUGUACUCUAAACUACAUUAAACAAUCAACUCCAUCUUACUAAGCUUUUUUAUCAAAUAAAAUUGGAAAUGUGUGAUUAUUAAAUGAAAAGGUGAUUCAUAUCCUCUUUCGGAGGAAUUAAUUAAAUAUCAAAUCAUGUGUAUAAAAUUUGUGUAUAACAAAUAACUAAGUAUUAAAAGAAUCAACAGCUUAAGUUAACCUUUAGUUUAUAAUUUCAUAUUAUUUAUUUGAUUAGUGCUAUUAUAAGUAAUUGUUAUUAAAUAUUUUGUGAUAGUUAUGUUAAACCAACCUAGCUAGAAAUGUUGAGCAUAGCUAUGAAUGGUCCAAAAUGACUGCAUUUUAUACCCAGGCUUAUACAGUACACUGGCUGUUCAUUGUGUGAAAUGCUGGUGUUUUACAAAAUGACGAGCCAUUUAAUAAGACUAUUAAUUCUAUAAUUUGCCAGCCACAUAUAUAUUUUAUGUUUGAAGGACAUUUUUCUACAGCAUGAAAAAAAUAUAGAUUUAUGAUUAAUUAAAUAGGUAUUUAGUAUUUUUAAGCAACUAGAUAACUAUUUUUUAAGUUAAACAGGUGAUAAUUCAUUCAGUUGUCACUUAAUUAUUUACUUGCAAUUGAUAUUUUAGAUAAGUUCUUUGUUAUUGAUAUUUCUUCCGAUUAGAAGAAUAUUUGAUAUAGACUGUUAAUUUCUGUAUUUACAUUAAAACAGAUUUACUUUA